AUGGCCAUCGACGCUGGCCACUUGACUCGUCACAAUGUACGGGACAUUCUUGAGGGUUUGAAUCUGCUGUUUCACACAUUGGAGAGGGCGAAAGGUUCGCUUCCCAAGGGGCAGACGCAGUUCGCCGUGGUGGCCGACUGCUCCGGGUUCGGGCCCUCCAAGACGCCGCCCCUGCCCAUGCUCAAGACGGCGUUCAUCACGAUGCAGCGCCAUUACCCCAUGCGCCUGGGAUACGUGGUGAUCGUGAACGCGGGGGGACCCAUCACGUUCGUGUGGAAGCUCAUCUCCACCGUGCUGGAAGAGCGGACGAAGGAGAAGAUAGCGUUCCUGUCGAAGAAGGAGGCGGAGGCGACUCUUACGGGGCUCAUCGACCCUUCCGCCUUGCCGGCCUCGCUCCCGGGGGGCCUCGAUGACUUCACCUACUCCAACAAGGAGUACCUCAAGUUGUAGUGCGGCAGCAGAGCUGAGUGGUCGAACCAGUUUUGGCGCGGUCUGUUCGUCGGGGUUGGGUGCUGCCCGUGGUCCGCUGGGCGGUUGAGAAAAAUCGUGGACAAUUUUUUAAUCGGGCUUUGAGAUUUUUUUUUGUGUUGUUGGAGGUGGCUGGACGAUGUUGUUCGGCCAAAACCAGCUCAACGAAAUAAUGUGUUUUUCUUCGUGCCGUGGACAAGCCGGUUGGAUCAGCGGGGAUGGAUGGGGUGGUCUGGUAUGACCCAGUAGUGUUCAUCGCGACACAGCAGUCAGCGGGAGACGAUUAUGUCAUUUUGUUCGUUGCGUGAGUGAGGUCGCCGUUGGGCUCGAGUCGAAGAAAAGAUGCAGGCAGAAACCGGGUAUGAUUUGCGUUGUUGACACUUUGUUUUUGUGGCGCUGCCCCCACGUGCAGAAGCAACAGAAGCAUCAGGAGCGGCCGAGGCAGCGGGAAUGUUUGUUGGCAGAUUGAGGCGCCACGUGCUGUCAUAUCUAAUUUGUUCCCAAAUUGACAAGCCAGUCCACCAACAAGGAGGUGUCGGUACGAAACAUACACACGUGUAAAGAUAUGGCAUUGUGCGUGGUGUACGUGAAGCAAGACUAGAAAACAAGUCGUGCUAUCAUGCCAUCGCUUCGAGGGAGCAAUCAACGGAGGGGGGCGAUGAGAAGGCGGUGGGCUUUCAUUGUAAGAAGAGGUUUACCACAAAGACUGCAAUUUUUAGAGUUUCCGUUGAACAUCAGUACCAUACCAAAGGUCGGGCUGGAGUAGAAGGCAGUGGACAUCCCUGCAGGAUUGUAUGGUGGCUUGAGAGGCUCAAAAGUAUGCGUGCCUUAGGCCUGAAGAGGAGAGCGUAGUAGCUCUGAUCGCAUUCCAAGUUGUUACAUCGCAGCAUCAGCGGUGGUGUCCUUUUGUGUUUUCGUUUCUUUUCAGAAUGUCCUGUACGUUUGAUUAUUUGCCGUUCAUCUACUAGCAAGGUUCACGCAUGCCCGGUCGAAGCAUACCUCCAAAUUCACGCGCGCGUGGGGGGGUGCUUCAGAGUAUUGUUGGCUGCGUGUACAGCGGGAGUGAGGGUUGGCUGCGGCGUGUCGGGGAAGUCGGCUUUGAGUGACGUGAUGUGGUGUGCGUGUUCCAGGGCUUGUCUUUGCGAAUUCUACAGGGUGUAGACCCUUGUGCGGCAGGAAAGCCCAACCGGAGAUUGAGGCUGAGGUGCCGUUAUCACACGAACGAAAUUCUACAGGAGUCGGAAGCUGGCCUCUUGGCUAGACUACCCCUUGGUACAUGAGCGCUGGAUAGACGAUAGCGUGCGUUGGGCAGGGGAGAUCCGGAAAGCGCUCCUGCUGGGCUGAGGCGUGGACUAUAAACACACCUGCACUUUGGGAUGAUUGGACUGCCGUUGUUUGUGUAUUACAACUAUCCUUGCUACUGUUAAAUUGUAUUGGGGUGGGAUUGUAAGGCGCGACGGGUAGCAUCACAGCUUCGCCCGUUACGCCGGUGAAUCAACAAAGAAGGGGGGCGCGGCUAGGGAAACGGGGGCAGGAAGAGGGGUUGGUGGAAUCCGCGCAGUCAUGCAAGGUCAACGAGCACGGGAAUGAUUCCCCUAUGGUUCAGGACUACUUGAAUGUGUUGUGGAAGAGCAAGCAAGUUAUUUCGUGAUUAGACUAGUGUUCGGGCGAACCGUGUUGUUGUUGGAAAUGAAAGGGGAAGUCUGUGCUGGGUAAUGUUUUGUACGGUUUGAGAUUUACGACGGCGGUAUCGUAGCCGGUGUGAUGAUGAUGAUGAUGAUGAUGAUGUGACUGUUGAUCGACAAAAGCAAGCCUACCUGAGCUUUCUCUGUGAGUACAUGUCUGCGUCUGGUCUAGAGCAUUAUCCUCGGCAGGGAAACUUGUUUUUCAUUCAUGUGUCCUCCGCGUUGGUUGUGCUUGGGUUAUUAGACAUGGUGCUUUUGCCAUCGAAUUGGCUUCAUUCAUGCGUCUCGUUAUCCGCAUUGCCGCGCAUGAAGUGGGAGGCUGGAGAUUUCAUUCACGACUACAUUUACCUGG